AUGAGCAGCGGGCCCAGCUCGCCAGGCAACGACGAAAUCAUUAGCCUGGCUGCCCAGUUCCAAGGGCUCGAAAUCACAAUCAGAGGCCCGGCCAACCGAGCUUGGAAUCUUGCAAGGCGCCUCUCCACUGAGCAAGCUCAAGGAGCCACAGCAGAACAGGAGUGCCUUUUGGACGGAGUGCCCUUUGAAGAUCAACCCAUUGUCUCCCUCGACUUGCCUUCCAGCUUCUUUGUGGUCUUGCGGGGCAACGGCAUCGAUCAGCCGAAGAUCCUACGGAGAGCCCGUGACUUUUCCAGGGCUUUGGAGGGAGCGGAAUUGCCUGGUAUUGGGCAAGGCUUCCCAUCUGAAACAGAGACACGGGUGUACCUUGCAGGAGAACCUUUUCCUGUGCCCCUACAUUCAGACUUUGGACCUUCAAAUUACCGGCCCUACGUGCUGGAUUUGGUGGGCGCUGGUCUUUUGGAUCCAGGGGCACCCAAUGUCAUUGCUUUGGUUGUACUCACCCGGCAGACAGGUUUGCUAUUAGCGCUACCGGAGUUAGCGUUGUCUGCAGAGGAUCGAGAAAGCGGGGAGCUAGCAUCAGCCACAGAUCUCCUGGGGCCUUCCAUCAUUGUCGAAGUGCAAGCUGCUGCGUUGGACGAAGAUGCCUUGCAGCAGCUACCACAAUUGAUAGAAGGCAAGGUCCUGAAAGUGGCUUUGGUGGAUUUUUCGGUAGAGGUGUCCAACUUCAUCACAGAGCUGGUUGUCAAAGAGGACAUAGCCGAGCUCACUCCUUUCGACUUCAUGGAUUUCUCUUUGGUCCCAGAUCCCGACAGUUUGGUGGCCAGAGCACAGGAGUGGGCACGAGGUGGAGGAGAUGUAGUUUUGGAGAGGAUCCAGUAUUACUCUGCCGACGAGGUACCAGAGACCCCAGCUGCUCCUCCCCGGCCUGCAACAAGGCGAAGAGGGCCAGGAGCUGGUACCACUGGAGGAGGUCAGCCACCAUCCAGAAGGAAACCAACGGUUGCCAGCCUGGCAGAGAGUUUGGAGGCCAUCACAACUACACUGCCAGCCAUCACAGCGUCCCUACAGGAGCUCAGAGAGAGAGCAGAGGCCAUCGAGGCUCAACGCCCUCUGGACAGGCCAUCUGCAUUGAGGAGACCACUAGGUGCAUCAGCUAUGCCUGGAUCGUCAGAUCUCUCCACUCCUGCAGCUCAGUUGUUGAAGGAGAUGCCGCGGCCCAAAAGUUCAGCUUCGAAUGCCAAGUCCCCACAUGUCACUUUUUCAGAAGGGGAAGCACAGGAGAUGAGCCUAGAGAUCCCAUCAGAACCUCAGGACUUAGCCAAAGCCAUGUUGGUCCAGUCGCAGGCACUCACGACUCUGGUGUCUCACCUCACAGCCACCUCAUCAGACCCCUUUCAAGACUUGAGCUCAGCCUCGACCUCCUUGUCCACAAAGGGAGCAGUGAGCCGGGCAAAAUUACAGGCAGAACUUGCUGCGCAGAAAGGGACAUUCUUUGUCAGUGUUUUGCAACAGAUGGCACGGAGGAUGCAGCCAGCAGUUGCAGCAGAAGUCGAAAUGCUGACUUUGAGAAACAGGGGCAUUACUCCGACGCAGUACUUGGAGAGGAUUGGGGGCUUUGGACGUUGCCGGGACAUUGGUCUCAUCACCUGGCAGGUUGCUCUGGUCCUCAACCACAUGAUGGAGGACAAUCACCAAGCUGCAAAGGAUGCCCUGAGUUUGUUGUUCGUGUGCCUGGAGCAGACUGCUAUGGACAAUGGGAACAUGCAGGUGGGCCUCCUGUUGUCAUUGACGGAGGACCCACCCCAGGCACUGUUCACCAACAAGUCGGUGAUGUCAGCAGCCCUGCCUCGACCAUUUGCCCCCACGGCUCACCAACGCUGGGUCACCACGGCGUUGCAAUACUUGAAGGAGAUGGAUGUCAUCUCGACCCGCAGGUCGGAAGUGGUUGCAGCUCAGACUGGAGCACAUCGCACCAACAACAGCAACAGCAGCGACCAACCAGCAACCACUGCAGCGCCGAAAAAGAAGCAAAAGGGAAAGGGAGGUGGAAGGGGCCAGAAAGGCCAACAGACAAGCACACCACAAGAGGAAGAGCAGUAG